AUCAAAUUCAACUUCUAUUCUGUUUCCGCGUUCCGCUUCCGUCUGUUUACAAAAUAAAAUCCAAAUUUAUUUCAUAAAUUGGGUUGGGUGAGAAGUGAAAUGAAAGGAUUUAUAGCGGUACAUUGUGGAGCGGGAUACCACAGCGAUACUCUGAAGAAAGAAUAUCAGAAAACGUGUUAUUUAGCAUGCCGGAAAGCUAACGAAGCUCUAAAGCAAGGUGGAAAUGCUGUCGAUGCUGUGGAGAAGGCAAUCAUCGAGUUGGAAAAUAGUCCUCUCACUAAUGCCGGCUACGGGUCUAACCUGAGCUGGGAGGGGAGCGUGGAGUGCGACGCGUCCAUCAUGGACGGGCAGACGCUGCACUGGGGCGCGUGCGGCGCGGUGGCGGGCGUGUGGAACCCCAUCUCGCUGGCGCGGGCGGUGUGCGCGCGGCAGGCGGCGGCGCUGGCGCUGGGCCGCGUGCCGCCCUGCGUGCUCAGCGGCCGCGGCGCGCGCGCCUCCGCCGAGCGAAUGGGACUCAAGAUAGUCGAUGAACGCAAAAUGAUAUCUGCCCGCGCAUUCCGAAACUUCAAGCACAGCAAGAGAAAGCUGAAAAGAUAUUCUAUGCAAAAUGAUGUAAAUUUUAGCCCACUGGACACUGUGGGAGCUGUCUGUGUUGACUCUAAUGGGGUGGUGGCGGCGGGAGCCAGCUCAGGUGGGGUGUCGCUGAAGCAUGAGGGCCGAGUGGGGCAGGCCGCCUCCUACGGCAGUGGAGUGUGGGCGGUGAUGAGCCGCGACGGGGUGAGCCCGUCGGUGGCGGCGUGCACGUCCGGCUGCGGGGAGCACCUGAUCCGCACGCAGCUCGCACUGAACACGGCAGAGAGUCUCCUGGAGGCCUCCCCUGUACUUGGUCUGGACAAGUGCCUGAAAACUAAAUUUUUGGAGUCCCCUUUUCUAUGGGAUGUGCCAGAAAGGCUUGGAGGUACUUUGGCUCUGAAGUUUGACCCACAGAAUGGUGAAGGAGAGCUGUUCUGGGGACACACCACCAAGACAAUGUGUCUAGGAUACAUGUCCACUGAGAGUGACAGACCAAAGUUCACAAUAUCGCAGCUGCCGUCGAAGGUGGCCCCGGGCAGGAAGGCGGUGGUGUCGGGCGUGCGCUUCGCCGUGCCGCUGGAGCCCGUGCCCGCGCUGCAGUGGGAGGUGCGCACUAACGGCUGCCAAUAACCAACAUGUGCAUUUAUACUGGAUACUGCCGCAUCUAGCUGUAUUGUAUUAUUGAACCUGUUAUACUAUAAUAGUAGUACUUGUAGUUAACCAUACAGCUCAGUAUUAGCAGCUUCCUCACUAAUAAGAGAACUUUUCUAUAUGUUUUUGUUUGCAUAAUUAUAAUAGAUUAGAAUAUUGUAAGUGCAAAGAUCUCAUAACAUAUUUAUAAAUAGUUGUUGUGUAGAUAUAACUGUCUAAUGAUUUGACUAUGUUAGAUAUUCAUGAUAAUUAAAUAUACCUGUUUACUCACAACCCCGUCUUCAAAUUGGCAUAUGAGAAGCCAAUUAAUUAGUUAGGUAUAAGUAAGUUUAAUUAAUAAUUACGAAGACCUAUUAGAUGUUCAUUAGCUGGCCUAUUAUGGUAGGAAAUCUUUUUCAAUAAGUAAAUAAAACAUUAAAUUUA